AUGGCGACGAACGGCACCAAGGCGGAUGGACAGGUGACGGAGCUGAACGAGCUGACGACCAGCAACGACAAACCCAAGUCACUGGACGUCAAGGGCGAGAAGCAGAAAAAAGAGUUGCCCGACAGAGAAACCUGGGCGGGAAAAUUUGAUUUCCUCCUGUCCUGCGUGGGUUACGCAAUCGGCCUGGGGAACGUUUGGAGGUUUCCGUAUCUGUGUGGGAAAAACGGUGGAGGAGCCUUCCUGAUCCCAUACUUUCUGACUCUGAUAUUUGCUGGGGUUCCACUGUUCCUGCUGGAAUGUUCUCUGGGUCAGUACACCUCCAUCGGAGGACUGGGUGUGUGGAAGCUGGCUCCCAUGUUCAAAGGUGUGGGCCUGGCAGCAGCUGUGUUGUCCUUUUGGCUUAACAUUUACUACAUUGUUAUCAUUUCCUGGGCCAUUUACUACCUGUACAACUCCUUCACCGCUGACCUCCCAUGGAGCUCAUGUAACAACCCUUGGAACACAGACAGAUGUUACACCAACUACAGCAUCGCAGACACCACCAACCUGACCAGUGCAGUGAUGGAGUUCUGGGAGCGCAACAUGCAUGAAAUGACCGAUGGCUUGGAAAAACCAGGCCAGCUUCGAGUGCCGCUGGCAAUAACACUGGCCAUCGCCUGGGUCCUCGUCUACUUCUGUAUCUGGAAAGGGGUUGGCUGGACCGGGAAGGUGGUUUACUUCUCAGCCACUUAUCCUUACUUCAUGCUGUUCAUCCUCUUCAUCCGUGGCGUGACUCUACCUGGAGCCACUGACGGGAUUCUGUUCUACAUCACCCCCAACUUUGAGAAACUGAAAGAAUCGGAGGUCUGGCUGGACGCAGCGACCCAGAUCUUUUUCUCCUACGGAUUAGGGUUGGGGUCCCUGAUAGCUCUGGGCAGCUACAACCCGUUCAAGAACAACGUCUACAGAGACUCCAUCAUCGUGUGCUGCAUUAACUCGUGCACCAGCAUGUUCGCUGGAUUUGUGAUCUUCUCUAUCGUCGGCUUCAUGGCCCACGUGACGAAGAAGGACAUCGCCGACGUAGCAGCUUCAGGGCCUGGAUUAGCCUUCCUGGCCUACCCCGAGGCCGUAACCCAGUUGCCUGUGUCUCCUCUCUGGGCUAUUCUCUUCUUCUCUAUGCUGCUCAUGCUGGGCAUCGACAGCCAGUUCUGCACAGUCGAAGGCUUCAUCACGGCUCUGGUGGAUGAGUUCCCCAGACUUCUGAGGGGGAGACGAGAGCUCUUCAUCGCGGUCGUCUGUCUGGUGUCAUAUGUGAUUGGACUUUCAAACAUCACACAGGGCGGCAUCUACGUGUUCAAGCUGUUCGACUACUACUCUGCCAGUGGGAUGUGUCUGCUGUUCCUGGUCUUUUUUGAAUGCAUUUCCAUAUCCUGGUUUUAUGGUGUGGACAAGUUCUACGACAACAUCCAGGAGAUGAUUGGCUACAGGCCUUGUAUUUGGUGGAAGAUGUGCUGGGUGGUCUUCACGCCCCUCAUUGUCGCCGGCGUGUUCCUGUUCAGUGCCAUUCAAAUGGUUCCUCUCACCAUGGGAGACUACGUGUUCCCAGCCUGGGGUCAGGGAGUCGGCUGGCUCAUGGCAAUGUCCUCCAUGGUGCUCAUACCAGGAUACAUGGUCUACAUGUUUCUGGGACUUAAGGGAACGUACAAAGAGCGACUUCGGAUAAUGCUCCAGCCUCCUGCCGUGGUCAGGCGUCAGGAGAACGGCCCCGAGCAGCAGGUGGAGUCCAACGUCGCUAACCUGUCCAGCCCUGCCAACCCAGCCGAGCCAGCUGUGGCCAACGCCACCAGUCCCACGGGUGCAUCCUCCCUCAACGCCACGAGCCCUUCGACCCCGGCUAACCCUACUCCGGCACCGGCUAGUCAAGCCACCGCUGCUAGCCCAGUGACCCAAGCGGCGACCAGUCCCGUCAUCACCACCACCAUCACAACUGUCACUCCGGGCAACCCCGCCACGACCACCUCACCAGUUGGCUCCGCCGGCCCGCCACCUAACCCAGCCAGUCCAACGGAGCCGGUCAGCACCGCGGCCCCAACCAGCCCGACCUCUAACCUGACCACUGCCGAGGCGAACGUGUAGGUGACAUACAAACCCUCAAGGAGCAUGUAGACAAAAGAGAACAUUACAGUGGACUUCCAAGAUUUCAAUUGAUUCACCUACCUCCGGGGGCAGUAUGUAAUCAAAACAGAUUCUCAAACCAUCUUUAAGUUUUCUGCAUUUGUAAAAGACCGAGACAGUGGCGUCUCUUUGUUGGUUUGUAUUCUGAGAUCAAUGUCAAAGACUGUUAGUCACAAGUACAACCAUAGGUUAAAAAAAAUACUGUGUAAAACUGUGAGAAAAGAAAAAACAGAGAUAUAGGUUAGAAAUUGUUGAAUAUCUCCAUGAAUCCAGUAAAUACCGUGUGAAUAUAGUAGAUGAAGUAGUGAUCAAAAAGGACGUCGUGAGAAACGCAAUGGAUGGCGUCAGUUUUAAUGUGGAUGUUUACCAAACCUCACGCCUGUUGUCUCUUUUCCAAAAGUUGCUCUGUGAGAUGAAGCACAGGCCACGAGGCCGAGCAGGAGCUCUGAGAACGCACACAGCCAAUCAGAAGCUCCGGAGUAAAUCCAGUGUUUAUUAGAAAAAGCUCUUGUGUGUGAGAGAGACUGUUAUCAUUUAUUCCUUUUUCGGUACAAAAAAAAAAAAAUAGAAAACCUAUGUGAUUUUUAGAAUUAUUUUUAGGAUGUUUUAUACUUGUACGUGUCGUGAUGGAGGACCAAAAUCAACAGGCAGACAAACGCAAAAACUAUGCCAUUUAGUGUUUGGUUGACGAAGCACAGGGUACGAAGAAGUACACAAAAAGCACAGGGUUAGAAAAGUGAAUUACAAAAAAAAAAGAAUCGACUAUCCCUUAAUAAUGAGUCAGUCCUGUUUACGUUUUGCAUGCAUUACUCAGGAACAUCGGUGAAAACGAUUUCACAAAUGUCUCCGGACAAAUAGUAAAAAUUAAAAAAUAUAAACUGCCAAUACAUCUAUUUCCAGAAACACAUUUUACACCUGGAUCAACUUUGUGUCAAAGUACAGUAACUAUUUUUCUUAAAACCUAAUAAUCCGUUAUAGUUGGAUCAAAAUAUCUUCAGCAAUACACACAGGAAGUAGGCGAUUAUUUCCAGGCCAGUACGCGGCUGCAUGUCUCUCUUUUUGUUCGUGUCGUCUUCACAAUUGAAAAGCACAAAGCUUUAAUUUCCCCCCCAGACUUUGGCCAGCGGUGCGUGUGUGUGUAUGUAUGUGUGUGUGUGUGUGUUAGGACAAUGUUAGUUUGCUUUUAUGGCAGCUACUGUGAGAAGGCAUCGGGUGGAGCGGGCGGAGAGGUGAAAUGGCAACAGUUCAAUGUCCUGUGAAUUUUGUAUAAAGUUAAUCUGCCGCAGUUUUCUCUGGAACUUUGUUGUAAAACCGUACUGUUGUAAAACAUGUUACUGUGAAUGUCUGUACUACAUGAGAAAUUAUUGUCUAAAUGUUGAGAAAAAAAAAUAUGGAGUUGCUGUUUUCUGCAAUAAUAUUUUGAACAGAGAAGAUGAAGCACAUAUCUUACAGAAGUCCGACAGAAAAUGACGAUGACAAUGAAGAUACCGACCACUAUAUCAAAGAUAGAAAUUAUGUCUAGUAAAACAAUAUUGUUUUGUAUAUUUUUAACUGUCUCACUGCCUAAUGUAAAACAUAUAAACAUGAUAUGUAUCUAUAUGGUGUCACAUUAUAAAGCACGAUUGUUAUGUUGUACAAACAGAAAAAAAAGGCUGACAAAUAAAGAGUUCUAGAAAA